GGGCUCUUUUGGUGGCAGUGGUAGCUUGUCAGUCUUUCAGUGCUGUGUGCGCGCUGAUCCCGGCUUUUGUUUCAGGAGCUGAAAAAAACACAUCGUCAUUCAAGCAGUAUCUCAAAAUGAAACGAGUUUGGGUGAUAGGUCUUCUUUUCGCAUUAUUAGCCUUUGCUGCUGUAAAGGCAGAGGAUGAACUUGAUGUCGAGGGGACAGUAGAUGAGGACUUCGGUAAAAGCAGAGAUGGCUCCAGAACAGAUGAUGAGGUGGUGCAGAGAGAGGAGGAGGCUAUCCAGCUGGAUGGAUUGAAUGCAGCUCAGAUCAAGGAACUCAGAGAAAAGUCAGAAAAACAUGUCUUUCAGGCUGAAGUCAACCGCAUGAUGAAGCUGAUUAUCAACUCCCUCUACAAGAACAAAGAGAUCUUCCUUAGGGAGCUGAUUUCCAAUGCCUCAGAUGCUCUGGAUAAGAUCCGCUUGUUGUCUCUGACCAAUGAGGAUGCAAUGGCCUCCAAUGAAGAGCUGACCAUCAAAAUAAAAUCUGAUAAGGAAAAGAACAUGCUCCACAUCACUGACACUGGUGUUGGAAUGACCAAAGAAGAGCUGGUGAAAAACUUGGGCACCAUUGCCAAGUCCGGCACUAGCGAGUUCCUUAACAAGAUGACAGAGAUGCAGUCUGAAGGACACUCUGAAGGACAGUCAACCUCAGAGCUGAUUGGCCAGUUUGGUGUGGGUUUCUACUCUGCUUUCCUCGUUGCAGACAAAGUCAUUGUGACAUCUAAACACAACAAUGGCACCCAGCACAUCUGGGAGUCUGACUCUAAUCAGUUCUCUGUCAUUGAGGACCCCCGCGGGGACACACUGGGCAGAGGAACCACCAUCACACUGGUCCUGAAAGAGGAGGCGUCAGACUAUCUGGAGCUGGAGACCAUCAAGAACCUUGUCAAGAAAUACUCUCAGUUCAUCAACUUCCCCAUCUACGUUUGGGCCAGCAAGACUGAGACGGUUGAAGAGCCCAUCGAGGAAGAUGCUGAGGCAGAGGAGGAAACCGAGAAAGAGGCUGCUGAAGAUGAUGUCGAGGUAGAGGAAGAGGAUGAAGACAAAGACAAAGACAAGCCUAAGACAAAGAAGGUUGAGAAGACUGUGUGGGACUGGGAACUGAUGAAUGAUAUCAAGCCCAUCUGGCAGAGACCAGCUAAGGAGGUUGAGGAGGAUGAGUACAAGGCUUUCUACAAGACGUUCUCUAAGGACAACGACGACCCUCUGGCCCACAUCCACUUCAUGGCUGAGGGUGAGGUUACCUUCAAGUCCAUCCUGUUUGUGCCCACUUCAGCUCCCCGCGGACUGUUUGACGAGUACGGCUCUAAGAAGAACGACUACAUCAAGCUGUUUGUGAGGAGAGUUUUCAUCACAGACGACUUCAACGACAUGAUGCCCAAGUACCUGAACUUCGUCAAGGGAGUGGUUGACUCUGAUGAUCUUCCCCUGAAUGUGUCCAGAGAGACUCUGCAGCAGCACAAACUGCUCAAGGUUAUCCGCAAGAAGCUGGUGCGCAAGACUUUAGACAUGAUCAAGAAGAUCGCAGAGGAACAGUACAACGAAAAGUUCUGGAAGGAGUUUGGAACCAACAUCAAGCUGGGUGUCAUUGAGGAUCACUCCAACAGGACCCGCCUGGCCAAGCUGCUGCGCUUCCAGACCUCCAACAGCGAAACAGUCCUGGCCAGCCUGGAGGAGUAUGUGGAGCGCAUGAAGGAGAAGCAGGACAAGAUCUACUUUAUGGCUGGUACCAGCAGGAAGGAUGCUGAGUCUUCUCCCUUCGUGGAGAAGCUGUUGAAGAAGGGCUAUGAGGUGAUCUAUCUGACAGAGCCUGUGGAUGAGUACUGCAUCCAGGCACUGCCCGAGUUUGAUGGAAAACGCUUCCAGAAUGUGGCAAAGGAGGGUGUCAAGUUUGACGAGAGUGACAAGGCCAAGGAGAAGAGGGAGGCCCUGGAGAAGGAGUAUGAACCUCUCACCACUUGGCUGAAGGACAAGGCCCUGACUGACAAGAUUGAGAAGGCCGUCCUCUCUCAGAGGCUAACCAACUCACCCUGCGCUUUGGUUGCCAGUCAGUACGGCUGGUCAGGAAACAUGGAGAGGAUCAUGAAGGCACAGGCUUACCAGACAGGAAAAGACAUUUCCACAAAUUAUUAUGCCAGCCAGAAGAAAACAUUAGAAAUCAACCCCAAACAUCCUCUCAUCAAGCAGAUGCUUAAAAGAAUCAAUGAUGACGCUGAGGACCAGACUGCAUCAGAUCUGGCUAUGGUUCUGUUUGAGACGGCCACGCUGCGCUCAGGCUACCAGCUGGCUGACACAAAGGCUUAUGGAGACAGGAUAGAGCGCAUGCUCCGACUCAGCAUGAAUGUAGCCCUGGACGAAGAGAUUGAAGAAGAGCCAGAGGAGGAGCCAGAAGAGCCAGCAGAGGAUGACUCUGAAGAUAAAGAGGACGAUUCUGAAGAUAAAGAUGAAAUUGUAGAUGAGGAAGACGAUGAAGAAACGCAAACCGGUUUUGUCCACAUUCAUAGACUGAUAACAGGAAUGAGUAUAGAAAUUCCUGAAGGACUGACGGAGCUGUUACAGAGCUUUACCGUGGAAGUGUUGAGGAAUCAGCCCAGGGAUUUGCUCGAGUUUGCAUUACAGUACUUCACCCAGCUGAAGGAAAGUGAGACCAAAGAGGCCUCAUUUGGCAAUGACCAAAAUUCGGCCCCAAGACCUGGAAAAGCGGUCAAUUUCAUUGACGAAGCCAUGCAGAUCGAUUCGGAAAACGGAGAGGAGGAAGAGGACGACGAUGACGAGGAAUUCAUAGCCCCGGUAAUAAACAGAUUCAUCAGAAGAGCAUCAGUGUGUGCUGAAGCGUUCAAUCCUGAUGAAGAUGAGGAGGAUAAAGAGCCAUGGGUCACCCACCCGAAAACCGAUGAGCAGAGACAGAGACUACAGGAAGCAUGUAGGGACAUUCUUCUGUUCAAGAAUUUGGAUCCAGAAGAGAUGUCUCAGGUGCUGGAUGCCAUGUUUGAGAAGUUCUGGACCGAAGGAGAGCACAUCAUUGAUCAAGACGAUGAUGGGGACAACUUCUAUGUUAUUGAAAGUGGGACGUUUAACAUUUUCGUGAAGGUCGAUGGCACAGAGAAGCUGGUAGGCUGCUAUGACAACCGAGGCAGUUUUGGAGAACUGGCGUUGAUGUACAACACCCCCAGGGCUGCCACAAUAAUCGCCACCUCACCUGGAGCCCUUUGGUGCCUAGAUCGUCUGACAUUCAGGAGGAUCAUAGUGAAGAACAAUGCCAAGAAGAGGAGGCUGUAUGAGGCAUUCAUUGAAACGCUACCACUGCUUACGUCAUUAGAGCUCUCAGAGAGAAUGAAGGUAGUAGACGUACUAUCCACCAAGGUGUACAGUGAUUCACAGCAGAUUAUUGCUCAGGGUGAUUUAGCAGAUUGCUUCUACAUUGUUGAGUCUGGCCAAGUUAGAAUCACCAUGACAAGAAGCAGGACGAAAAAAGACCAGGAGGAAGAGGAGGUGGAAAUCGCCACAUGCUUUAGGGGCCAGUAUUUUGGGGAGUUGGCACUUGUCACCAACAAGCCCAGAGCUGCAUCAGCCUAUGCUGUGGGGAGCGUCAAGUGCUUGGUCAUGGAUGUUCAAGCCUUCGAGAGAUUGCUGGGCCCGUGCAUGGACAUCAUGAAGAGAAACAUUGCUAACUAUGAGGAACAGCUGGUGACCCUGUUUGGAAGUAGCACUGAGCUUGAGCAACAAAGUGCACGAGACAGCUCCAAUGGACCAUGAAUUGGUGGAUGAAAAAAAAAAGAGGCUUGUAUGGAUGUUUUUCCCCAUAAUCACUUAAACUGCUUUUCUUACAAGAAAUGUGAAUAUCCACCACAACAUUUGUGUGUCAGAUAAAUAAAACGGACUACGUCAGAUUCCCAUAUGAGACAAGGUUAAUUUUUAGCAGCGUUUGCCACAGAGUGUUAUGAUGAAAGUAAAGUGAGCCAAAGCAGAGUUGCUUAAAGCUUGUUUAAAUUAGAUUUCUAACCUUAAAAACGUAAGCAUACAUUUUACUUGCCAGUGUCAGACGCAUUAUUUGUUUGCAUAUUGAACACUUUUGUUACCUCUCACCUUUUCUCCACAGUGUUAUGGCUACACCUACAGUAUGAUAUCAUUUGUAAAUUUCUAAACAUUGUUUGUUAAAAUCAGAUGCCAAAGCGAAUUUCUUACUGGAUAUUUGUGAGCUAAUAUGUCACAUUCUCUUGUCAUUUCUGGCAAGAGUACUAACAUUCGCAGCAUGAGGUGCACUGGUACAAGAGUGCCCCAACAUGAGAAAGGAUAAACAAUUUGUAAAGGAAGUUGACUUGAUUCUGUGUUUGAAUAACAUCUUUCACAUUUUGAUCACAACAGAAUGUAGACUUGGCAGUACUUUAACAUUUUUACAAAAUACUUUUCUGUUUAUCAUUAGAUUUAAUCCCUUGAAUACAUGUUCAUAAACUGUAUAUCAUUGUUGGUAAAUGUUUGUGGCUGUUAGCCUAAUACUAUGCUUUUGCAAAAAAAAAACAAAAAAACCAGAGAGAUAGCUGAUAGUUUUGUAAGAGAAUACAACACAUUGCUGUACAAUUUGAAACUGAGUAUUUACUGUUAUUAUAUAGGCCCACCUUUAAUUUAAUAAGUUGCCCCACUAGACUGUAGUCAUUAUAGGCAAUAGACAAUUGAUUUUCCUGUGUUUUAAUGUAAAAUUUAAGUUAUACUGUUUUUGUGUGAGUGAAACAUAUAUUAUGAUUAUCCAUUAUUGCUGUCUACCUCUGCCAACAACUUAUACUGUUUGGAAACACAUAUUCUGAUGUUCCCUCUCAACAGAAAUCUAAAGUGGGUCUUUUUCUCUCUUCUUCUCUCUCUUUUUAAAAUUAAUAAUUGAAGUCUUCUGUAUUUUGUCUGUGGUUUACUGCAACUUUAACUGUUAAAAGCUGGUUUAACAUUUAAACAUUUUGAAUUUAGUUCCCCUCUUUGUGCAGGUAGUAGACCUACUGGUCAUUUUUGAAGGCAAACCCAUAAUACUGGCUGAAAGUACUGUAUGUUUCACUUUUCAUGUCAAUAAAGAACAUUUUUAUA